CUCUAUUUCUAAACCAAGUCUAUCAUAAGUUUAACCAUCCACAGCUUUGUUCCUACUUAUGCACCAUAUUUAGCCAUGAAUUCCAUCCUUCUUACACCAUCCCAAUGACUGAAUAAAAGAGCAAUACCUAAAAUUGAUAUAGCUUCUGUUGAUUCAUAAACCAAAACUCAAUUCCUUUUUCUUUUCAGCAAAUUGAUCAGGAAAACAUGGUGAACGGUCAGUGUAUGCUUUGUGAUUUGGGGAAACCUCCAUUUCUACACCAUGUCUAUCACAAUAACAACUAUUUGCAACUUUGCACGUCUUGUUUACUCAACGUGUAUCGUGGAGCCUAUUGUCCAAUUUGUUUCCAAGUCUAUGAACCAGAAAAUCCCAACCCCUCUUCAGAUCUAGUCAAUUGCUAUUGCUGCCCGGCAAUCACUCAUCUCUCCUGCAUUAAUUCUGGAGCAGCCGCAACCUCAACCUCCAUCUCUAUAACCAUCCGGGGGGUCCCAUACAUAUGCCGUUCUUGUGCUGAUCCAAAUUUCAAUUUUUUCAAUCUUGGUGCAGAUGAGAAAACUAAAAUGUUAAUGAUUGAUCAGCAUUUCGCAAAUCAGCUGAUAGCUGCAUCGGUGAUUUCUGAGCGGACGAUGAAGGAGGCUGCUGAAUUACACAGGCGUUGGGCUGAGAUGAAGGCUGAGGAGGCUUUGCAGGCUCGAAAGGAAGCGAAGCUAGCUAUAGAAUUCUUGGCACAGAUGAUUUCCCAGUUCAAUGUGUCAAAUAAUAGUGAAGAUGCACCAAUUAUCUCAAUUUCAAGUUCAUCUUCUGAGUUCAAUGAGUCAGAUAAUAGCGUAGAUGCACCAAUUUACACAAUUUCAAGUUCGUCUUCUCAGUUCAAUGAGUCAGAUAGUAGUGUAAAUGGACCAAGUGAGUCAAUUCCAAGUUCAUCACAUAGCAGAGAAAGUAAAAACCGAAGAUCGGACUAGACGUAGAAAGCGUUACAUUGACAAAAACAUAGGGUAUAAGUUAUAGAAUUGGUCCAUUUUCAUGGUGUUAGAAUGAGGGUUUGAUUAUAUUUUCCCUUCUGUUCUCUUUCCCCUCUUCAAAAUGUUGUCCGCAAGAUUAAGAAAGAUUGU